GUUUUAUAGAUAGGACAAUGCACCAUAGUCAACCGAAAGCGAACGUCGUCGUAUCCGCCCUGCUUCGUUGGAGGAAGUACUGUCUAUCAAUAUGAGUUUCCACUACGGUCAGGGCUAUCCAGGGGGAGGCAACCCACCACCGGGUGCAUCAUACGGUGCAGGCAGGGGUUCUUAUGGGCCUCCCCCAUCAGCUCCUUAUGGAGGUGCUGCAGGGCAAGCAGGAGGCCCCUAUGGCGGUUAUCGAGUCCCAGGUCAUGGAGGGCAAUAUGGGCCUGGGCCAGGUGGUGUCCCCGGUGGGCCUUAUGGGGCUUAUGGUGGACAACCUUAUGGAGGACCUAAUUCAAACUUUGGUCCUGCAGGCAACAUCCCUGCUGGUGUUAAUCCAGAGGCAUACCAGUGGUUCCAGACUGCUGACACUGAUCGCAGUGGCUUCAUCAACCUAAAGGAGCUCAAGCAGGCACUUGUCAACUCGAACUGGGCUUCCUUUAAUGACGAGACUUGCCUCAUGAUGAUCAACAUGUUUGACAAGACGCGUUCUGGUCAAAUAGACCUGUUUGGCUUCUCUGCACUGUGGGACUUUUUGCAGCGGUGGAGAGCGUUAUUUCAGCAGUUUGACAGAGACCGCUCAGGAACUAUCAGUGGCGCAGAGCUACAACAAGCCCUCGCUCAGAUGGGUUACAACCUCAGCCCCCAGUUUUCUGAAAUGCUGGUGCAGCGCUUCACCAUUCGAGGUGGCCGACCGGGCAUACAGCUGGACCGCUUCAUCCAAGUGUGCACGCAGCUCCAGACCAUGACUCAAGUGUUCCGGGAGAGAGACACUAGCAUGACGGGCAACAUCCGACUGAGCUACGAGGACUUUCUGUCCGGUGCCGUCACCAGGCUCAUGUGAGCCUCGUUCCACUGACAGUCCCUCCGCACAGUAUCAUUCCAUGUUCAGGUCACCAUUUGCUCCUUUGCCAUAAGUGCCCCCACAUCACACCAGUACACGUUGUUGCAUGACUUAUUGCUGUAAAUAGACAGAGCUCAGCAUCAUUUACCUGAAGUAAUUCCAGUGGUUCUUUUAAAUGGAGCUAAAGAUUUCAGAGCAUAGCUUAAAGGAUGGCUUCUCAUGUCAAACAGGUAAACCAGCUUGUUUCAGACAGCGUGUGAAUGGAGGGUGUGAAGACGCAAUAUAACACAAGUGUGACUCAUGAAAAAAGAGUUUGCCAUAGCUGCCUUGAUGACAGGUGACGAGGUUCUCGUUUAAUAGUGCCUGAUGAUGUAAGCAGCUUUUUGCUAUGCAUUAAUGUAUUCCUGUGCCAUUAAAACUAUUCAGAUGCCUUCAUGUA